GGCAUGUGGGAUCUUCCCGGACCAGGGCUCGAACCCGUGUCCCCUGCAUUGGCAGGCGGAUUCUCAACCACUGUGCCACCAGGGAAGCCCAGGGGACCUUAUCUUAAUCUGGAUGCCUGAGGUCUCAAUUAUAUAGUUUAGGCUGUCACCUUUUACAUUUUUGUAGUUUACUUUUUUUAAUCUCCAAAUUGAUUCCUCAAUCAUUCAUCAAACCAACCUUUAUUAACUACCUCCACAUGCCAGGCCCUGUACUAGGCCCCAUGAAGACAAAUGUGCCUUCACAGAGCUCAGGGUCCAUUGGAGAAUUUAUCAUCUGUCUCCCCCACUGGAAUGUGAGCUCUGAUGAAGACAGGGGCCUUUUCUUGGUGGCUGCUCUAUUUAGCAUUUAGAAUAUUGCCUGGGCCCAAACACAUUAUUUCUAAAUAAGUAAUAUUGAAUAGACAAAGGAAUGUGUUGUAUGAAGGGCAGGCAAAUCAGGGCUGGUACUCCCCACAACAAUUUUUUGUUUUUAAUUAGGAGUCCCCCUGGUGGUCACAGGGGGAAAAACAUGGAGGGAAAGGCUACAGGAAGCGAUGAAAGAAAUAGCGUCGUCUCCUGUUCUCAGUUCCCUGUCCAUAAACUUUUUAAAACUGUUCCUGUCUCUGUGUACAUUUUCUUUUGAGGGGAAGGAAUGUCCCAGAUUCUCAAGGAGUCGGGGCCCCAAUCACUCACAAGAUGCUUCCCAGCUCCCACAGUUCAUGGAUUCUUGCCCUGUCUCACUUCGAUGCUCCCUCACAUCCUGGAGUUCCCUGGGGUCCCUGUCCAGUGGGAUUCUGGAACCAUCACUUCCAUCCCUAGCCGUGGGUUCUCCAUUUCCUAGUGCUGGAAUGUUCCCUGGUUGCUGACUGUGACCUGAGGCAAGUCGCUUGCAAUUUCGCAGCCCUAGUUCCCUCACUGGCAGAAUAGGAAUGGUAAUUCUCACCUCCUAAAAUUGUUGUGUGGAUUAAAUAAAACAUGCCAGCAAAACGCUAACCACGAUUCGUGGCCUAUAGUCUGUAAACGUUCGGUAGGUUGGUGGUUAUUUAAACCCUCCUCCUCUGGCGCUGGGAGCGUCAGUCUCCCUGAGCUGAGAAACAAGUUUGUAGGCUUCCGGAACGGAUUAGUUUUGAGUGUCACUUAAUCCAGGUGGCCCUUCCGCAGUCGGAGCCCUCUUAGGGCAAAGGUGGUAUACACCUGCACAAAGGGCCUGGGCUCACAGAGGCUGCGGGAUGGAGCGGGGCGCGGGAGCCAAGCUGCUGCUGCUGCUGUGGGCGACGUGCUUCGGGCGUGCGAGAGCAGAUGCGUCCAGCGGCUACACAUUGGUCAUCGAGGUGACUAACGGGGGGCCCUGGGGCGACUGGGCCUGGCCAGAGAUGUGUCCUGACAGAUUCUUCGCCAGCGGGUUCUCACUCAAGGUGGAGCCCCCCCAAGGCAUUACUGGCGACGACACGGCUCUGAACGGAAUCCGGCUGCACUGCGCGCGCGGGAAUGCGGAGCUCAACACGCACGUGGUGGAGUCCCAGUCUGGAAGGUGGGGCGCGUGGAGUGAGCCGCUGUGGUGUCCCGGCGGCGGCUUCCUGGUGGCUUUCUCGCUUCGCGUGGAGGCACCCGUGACCCCCGGGGACAACACGGCUGCGAACAACGUGCGCUUCCGCUGCUCCGACAGCACGGAGCUGCAGGGGCCCGGUCUGUCCUGGGGAGACUUUGGAAACUGGAGUGAGCCUUGCCCUAAAGGAGUGUGCGGCUUGCAGACCAAGAUCGAGCGGCCUGGAGGCCUCCGCGAUGACACCGCUGUUAACGACGCGCGCUUUUUCUGCUGCCGCAGUUGACACCAUCGCCGCCCUCUCCCAGCCCAAGCCUAGUCCCACCUCCGCUAUUAAAGCUUCUCUGUCUUGGC